GCGCGGCUUCCUGAGCGGCUGGCGGCGGCGGCCAUUUUGUGGUGCCUCUUCCCUCCGCCGAGCGGGCCGCGCCGUCGGGACCUGGCGAGGGGGCGAGAGACGGAGCGAGGGCAGCCGGGGCCCUCAGCCUCACCUUCCCUUCGGCUCCCUGCGCCGCGGAGCCGCCCCCCCCGUCCCCGUCCGGCGCUGCCCCCGGCUGCGGCUGCGAGCGGCGCUCACGCACCAUUAUGGAAGACGACGGGCAGCCCCGGACCCUCUAUGUAGGAAACCUCUCCAGAGAUGUGACUGAAGUCCUUAUACUUCAGUUAUUCAGCCAGAUUGGACCAUGCAAAAGCUGUAAAAUGAUAACAGAGCAACCCGAUAGCAGAAGGGUCAACUCUUCUGUUGGAUUUUCUGUUUUGCAGCAUACAAGCAAUGACCCUUAUUGCUUUGUGGAAUUUUAUGAACACAGAGAUGCAGCUGCUGCAUUAGCUGCUAUGAAUGGGAGAAAAAUUUUGGGAAAGGAGGUCAAAGUAAACUGGGCAACAACACCAAGUAGCCAGAAAAAAGAUACAUCCAAUCACUUCCAUGUGUUCGUUGGGGAUUUAAGUCCAGAAAUAACAACAGAAGACAUCAAGUCAGCAUUUGCUCCUUUUGGUAAAAUAUCGGAUGCACGGGUAGUUAAAGAUAUGGCAACUGGAAAGUCAAAAGGCUAUGGUUUUGUAUCUUUUUAUAACAAACUGGAUGCAGAAAACGCUAUUGUACACAUGGGAGGCCAGUGGCUGGGAGGCCGUCAGAUCAGAACUAACUGGGCAACACGGAAACCACCAGCCCCCAAAAGUACACAAGAAAAUAAUACAAAACAAUUGAGAUUUGAAGAUGUAGUAAAUCAGUCGAGUCCAAAAAAUUGUACUGUUUACUGUGGAGGAAUCGCUUCUGGGCUAACAGAUCAACUUAUGAGACAGACUUUUUCACCGUUUGGACAGAUUAUGGAAAUCAGAGUGUUUCCUGAAAAAGGUUACUCUUUUGUCAGAUUUUCAACCCAUGAAAGUGCAGCACAUGCUAUUGUUUCAGUUAAUGGAACCACAAUUGAAGGACAUGUUGUUAAAUGUUAUUGGGGUAAAGAAUCCCCUGAUAUGACUAAAAACUUCCAACAGGUGGAUUACAGUCAGUGGGGGCAGUGGAGCCAAGUAUACGGAAAUCCCCAACAGUACGGGCAAUACAUGGCUAACGGGUGGCAAGUACCGUCAUAUGGAAUGUACGGCCAGGCGUGGAAUCAGCAGGGGUUUGGAGUAGACCAAUCUCCAUCUGCUGCCUGGAUGGGUGGAUUUGGUGCUCAGCCUGCCCAGGGACAAGGUGCUCCUGUAAUACCUAACCAAGCUGGAUAUGGUAUGGCAAGCUACCAAACGCAGUGAGCUGGGACUCUGUUUAAAAGUGUGUAUUUCAUGAUAGGCUGCAGUUUCCAGUGAUGCUCUGAAGACUGGAAUGUAGACAAUGAAAAAAAGAAAAUAUUUAUUUUAAAAAUGGAAAUGUUUGGAACCUUUAGCACAGCUUUGCUUUGGUGAAGGACACAAAUGUCUUCUAGUUCUGCCUUUUUAAGUUUUUGUUCAUGAUGGAUAUGAACAUGUUUUUCUUUGUGUACAAAAAAUUAAAAAUAAAGUCAAUAAAGACAA